CUCUUAGGUGGCCUGGGCGGUGUUUGUACCGCACGUGACCAUCUACCACCAUGGCGCGCCCAGGAGCUGCUUUCCGUCGCCUUGGUGCCUUGUCAGGAGCUGGGGCCUUGGGUUUGGCCACCUACGGGGCGCACGGCGCUCAGUUCCCGGACGCCUAUGGGAAGGAGCUCUUUGACAAGGCCAACAAACACCACUUCUUUCACAGUCUGGCCCUGUUAGGGGUACCCCAUUGCAGAAAGCCCCUCUGGGCCGGGUUGCUGCUAGCUUCUGGAACCGCCUUAUUCUGCACCAGCUUUUACUACCAGGCUCUGAGUGGAGACACUAGCAUCCAGAUGUUGGGCCCGGCAGGAGGGAGCUUGCUUCUCUUGGGCUGGUUUACUUUGGCUCUUUGAAGUGUCUUUUUUAGUUACUGGGCUUUUCUGGAUAAUUCUGUGGGAAGUUUGAACAGAAAGGGAAUUAAAAAUGAAAAGCAAAUCAGUUUGGAGCCUUUGUUCAUCAAACCAAACUCUUGGAAAGGAAAAGGUAAGGAUUCAACCUUUGAACUCCUUCCCUUUUCUAAGACUUAUCAAUGAACCUUGGUUCUGGGAAUUCUGUUGUCUUCAACGUAACUUGCUAUGAUGUUCUUAAACUGGUGGGCAUUAGAGUCGUAAAGAAUGCUUAAAAUAGCUGAGCAUAGUGGCACACAUCUGUAAUCCUAAUAUUCAUGAGGCUGAGGCAGGAGUAUGAUCAUGAG